GAAAAUUGAUAAUACAAAACUGGAGGAGCGGGAAGACACUGAAGUGAAAACCUCAUAAUAGUACUCUCAUACCAAAAGCUCGAAGAAAAAUAAAACAGUUCAUUGUUAUGGCAAGAAUCAAACAAGUAGCUAGGAAAACCCGUGGGCAGAAACGCCUAUUUGCAGGAGGAACUCCAUCAACUUCCAAUCCUCAGGCUAGAGAAAGAAGUCGUCACACCACUGCUUCACCAGAUAGGAGUGAAAACCAAACACGGAAAAAGCGGCGGAACAGGCCAGGAACAAAGGCUUUACGUGAGAUUCGGAAAUAUCAGAAAUCAUGGAAUCUUCUUAUUCCUGUUGCUCCAUUCAUUAGAGCUGUGAGAGAGAUUAGCACCUUCUACGCACCAAACAUUACACGUUGGCAAGCAGAAGCCUUAGUGGCCAUUCAGGAGGCUGCUGAAGAUUACAUUGUUGAGAUGUUUGAUGAGGCAAAUCUGUGUGCCAUUCAUGCAAAGCGUGUGACUUUGAGCGAAUUGGAGGUAAAGGGCGGCCAUGGUGGUGAGAGCAGUGUGCCUGGUUACCAAUAUCAAGAUGGUUCUUCUGCAAAAUCUUUUGACCAAAUCAUCCUCAUGGCUUCAAUGGACUCUGGGGGUUGUCAAUCUUUUGAUAGUGAUAAUGCAAUAGGUUGUCGCCAUUCAAAGGUUAUCAAGUGAAAGAGCAAGUUGAUUUAAUCUUGAGCCAUAAAGAAUCCUCAUGUGAGAUAAGUAUUGUUUCUCGUGUUUAGAAAAAUUGUGCCUUUAGAGCCUCUCCAACCCGUCGCUACUUCAGUGUAAUUGCGCUAAAUUAGCGCAAAAUCUCCCUCCAAUCCUGCGCCAGAAUCCUGCGGCAAAAUAGAUAAAUGAAUAGUAUUGCGCCACUUCUGGCGCAAUACUGUAGCUAACGCUACAAUUUUUUUUUUUUUUUUU